ACCAUCUCUGUAUAUAACCAUAUCCUGAGUAAGUGCUCCCCUAGACGAAGACUCUUUUUCAUAUCAUAGGAAUUGGGAAUGGCUACACCAGCAGAUCAAGCCGCCUACAAGGAUGUCAUCCCCCUCGACUUUGGCUCAGUCAAGACAUUACCUGACUCAUUUGUGUGGCCUGAAUCCGAUGACUUCUAUUCAGGUACCGACCAGCCUUGUAUUCCAGUCAUCAACCUCAUGGAUCCGAAUGCGUCACAACUAAUUAUCCAGGCAUGUGAGACAUGGGGGGUUUUCCAGUUGAUAGGUCAUGGGAUUCCUCAAAAGCUUGUGGAGGAUAUGGAGUCUCAGACUCAUAGGUUGUUUGCUCUCCCAGCUGACCAAAAAUUGAAGACAUUGCGGACUCCCGGCAAGGCCAUUAUCGGAUACGGUAACCCGCCGUUCCAGGCCCGGCUUUCCCGUAAACUGUGGCAGGAAGGGUUUACUAUCAUGGGGUAUCCAGUUGAUCAGGCUAGGGUGCUUUGGCCUCAUGAUUAUCAAGGGGUUUGUGAUACAAUGGAUGAAUAUCAGAAGCAAGUGAAGGCUUUAGCAGAGCAACUAAUUCGCAUCGUCUUCAAAUUCUUGAGCAUUUCUCAAGAAGAAGUGGAUUGGUUUGAUGAUCCAACUAAUAUGUGUCCUUCUGCUUUUCAGCUAAAUUCUUAUCCCCCUUGCCCUGACCCGACUCAAGCUUUAGGUCUACCACCACACACGGACGGUUCCUUGUUUACCAUACUCCACUCCCGAACCGAGGGUCUUCAAGUCUUCAAAGAAGGAGUUGGGUGGAUUACUGUGCAGCCCAAUCCUGAAGCAUUCAUUGUGAAUCUUGGUGAUGUACUCCACAUAAUGUCCAAUGGUCGAUUUGUUAGUGUUCUUCAUCGAGCCGCGGUGAUCCAAAAAGACCAUCGGAUCUCUGCCGCCUAUUUCUAUUGGCCCCCAAUGGACUUCACCAUCUCUCCCAUCCUCUCUAAGAACUCUGCUGACUCCGAACAAGUUCCUAAGUAUCGUUCGGUCACAUUGAAGGAGUAUCAUGUCAUAAAGACUAAGCAUUGUCAAGAUACUCUUUCUGUUAUUAGAAUUUAAAUUCUAUGAUAGAACUUUUAUUUACAAGAAAGGUGCGGCGCGCUGCACUUUUUAGUCUUGAAAAUUGAAACCGUUGAAUGUAAAGGGGGGACUUUGAUC